GGGUAGACACUUCUCAUUCAAAAACUAGUCUCUAUAUGUAGCAAUUGAUAUACAACCUUAUCCCUUAAGCAAUAAAGUGCAUUUUGGAUUGAUUUCACUACAGCAGGGGAACCCGCGGAUCAAUACCACCAUACUAAAAAUAAUUGUUAGUGUCCUUAUGUUGGUAGUAUUGUUAGUUUGACAAAUGAAAAAAAAUGUCUGUCAAUUGAGUUUGAGUUUUUAACCGGCGAAUUGAUUCGUGUGAAGUUAUUUUCUCAGAUUUGGUGCAAUAUUACUGUAAAUAAACUUUUCUGUCGUUUACGUUGAGUUGAUUAAGUUCCUCCGUAUCGGGCGUGAUAAAGUUUGCUGUUCAGUGUUAUGUUUUUUGUGAGAUAGAGACUCUUUUAAAUAAGCUGUGUUUCAACUUCUACAGAAGUUUAAACUCUUAUUUACUUUUCUGUUUAAUGGGUAUGUUAUCUACUUACUUGAAAUAUUAGAUCUAUUACAAAUCUAUUAUUCAUUAAAAACAACCCUAUGUGAUGAAAAUGUAAAUGUACUUUCAAAACUGGUAAAUGCAUGAACCAGGGCAUUGACACUGGUUGGAGAGAAAUUAUAGGCUUUGUUUAAUUAAUACCUAUUUCAUUUUAGGCUUCUACUGAUAAUGGAGAGUAGAAACAACAAGAAGUGCGUUAUUUGUAAUAAGAGGCGAAGUCGUGGUGGAUCACCCUUACUUUUGAGUAGGUUUCCUCUGGAUUCUGACCGUUGUCGAAUGUGGGUUAAAAAUGCUGGCAUAGAAGACUUAGCAUAUGUACCUAUUGAAAAGUUACACCAACUGAAGUUUGUUUGUGGUGGGCACUUCACUCCUGAAUCCUUCAAUGCCAAAGGAACUCGGCUGAAGAACUCAGCUAUUCCAACACUGGAAUUGAGCAAUCCCAUCUUGCCAGAUGAAGUUUUGACAGAGUUUCCUCUUCAUGUAAAAGACUCCAAUAAAGAAAACCUCAAGACAGUUCUUUAUGAUCAUUCAUAUUGCAUUCCAAAGAAGUCAAAUCCAGUUGAACGAGUUCCCCUUACAACUACAACCAAACAACUAAAUUCAACAUGUUUGGGAGCUGUGGAUAUGUUACGAUCAAUGUGAUAAAUGUGAAAAUUAUGAAUAAUCGCCGGUUAUUAUGAAUAAUUACCGCAUGAUUUGGUAAAAGUGAUUAAUAUGAGAUCAUUUAUGUGUGUAUAAAACUAAAUAGGCGGAUUAGGGGUGGCCCAAGGGCCACCCCCGCCGCACCCUAACCUAUUUUUCACUUUAAAUCAAAACAAUAUGUUAUGGGCAUUAUGGCAAAGUAAUGUUACGCAAGAAACAGUCCAAAGUCAUUAUGCCAAAUUAUAUUAAUAUAUGAUAUCAAAACGUUCAAAAUGUGUGGCUGUACACCGGCGCUGUACACGAGCCGGUGUUCUCUUUUAUGAUAUUUGUUAGUAUUAAGGUUGCAUUAUUACAUAAUCACUGAUAAAUGUAAUUAAUUUAUCACUUUUACCUCGACUGUCGGUAAUUAUUCAUAAUAACCGGCGAUUAUUCAUAAUUUUCAAUUUAUCACAUUAACCGUAACAGAUAUACCAGAUUCUGUUAUUUCUGCGAAAACAACUUUUGAACCUCUUCCUUCUACUUCCAAUGCACCAGAACAUAUGACCUAUAAACCCAUUACUCAUGAUGAUAAAAACAUUUGCCAUCAAGAUGCACAGGCAGAAAUAUUAGUCCACAGUUAUAAAAGACCUAAGAAAAACAUUGAAAUGAAAGACACUUCAUCAACAUUUACAAUUAAAGAGAAGAGGCUUUGGCGACAGUUACAAAAUGCAAAAAAAACAAUAAGGAAUAUAGCGAAGUCAAGAGUGAAUUUAGACAAGUUAGAUUCGGAAGUGCUGACAUCAUUAGUAAAGGAUGUAGUGCAGAAUAACAAAAAAAAGUCACAAGGAAAAAGGUGGACUUUAGCCAACAAAAUAUAUGCUUUGGCUAUAUUUAAACGGUCCCCUAAAGCAUACCGCUAUAUGCAAAAGCUGUUUACGCUACCAAGCACUAAAACGCUCCAAAGGAUUUUAAAAAAUAUACCAAUGGAGCCUGGUAUAAAUAAAAAUAUAAUUGAUAUGUUAGAGGCAAAAGCAUCAAGUAUGCCAAAGGAAAAUAAAUAUUGCUCGUUAAUAUUUGACGAGAUGGCGUUAAAGAAACGGAUAAUUUAUAACGAAAUUGCUGAUAAAGUGGAUGGCUACGUGGAUUAUGGAGAGGGCGAGAACAUGGGACGAGAAAAGAAAAUUGCAGACCAUGCGUUAGUGUUUAUGAUACAGGGUGCUAAACAUAAAUACAAACAAUAUAUUGCGCACUAUUUUGUGGAAGGCACAAUAUCAACAGCAAAACUGGCAAAAAUUAUAUCGGACAUCAUCAAAAAAUUAAAAGAAAUCGGAUUUAUGGUUCUAACAACAGUUUGUGAUCAGGGAUCUACAAAUAUAGGAGCUCUUAACAUGUUAAAAAGAAACUGUGGACAAGGCAUAGAUAGCAACUUUUUCUCUGUAAAUAAUGACAAAAUUUUUAUAAUCUAUGACAUCCCUCACUUGUUCAAAUCAUUACGAAACAAUUUCUUUAAAAGUGGAAAUAUGUCUUUCGAUGGAAAAAUUGCACAAUGGAGGCAUUUGGUAGUUGCAGAAGAACACAACAGAAAUUUUUUAAAUUUUAAAAAACUGAAUAGUACCAUUGUAAAUCCAACAUUCAAAACUAAGAUGAGGGUGAAGUAUGCUGCGCAUGCUCUGAGUAAUACCGUGGCAGCUAUUUUAAAAAUGAUGGCAUGGAAAGAAGUUUCUGAUUGCAAUGAUACAGCAUUUGUGAUUGAACAGUUAGAUAAACUAUUUGAUUGUACAAAUGGUCCAUCAUCUUUAAAUGACGUAAAGAAAGGGAUCCGGGAAAAUGUUUCCACAUCAAGUAAUCACAUUGAGUCUUGGACCUUUUAUACUGAUAAGUUAAAAACCAUAAAAUUUAUAACAGCAGAAAACACGAUACUAAAAAAUGUUAAAUGCGUAAAGGGAUAUCAAAUAUCUAUCAAAUCCUUAAACGAUAUUUGGGAAAAGUUAAAGAAUGAAGGGUUUAAAUAUAUGAACCUUAGACAGUUUAACCAAGACUCUCUGGAAAACUUAUUUGGAAUCAUUAGGCAACACAGUGUAACCAAUAGAAAUCCCACUAUCACGCACUUUACUGCAGCGCUUAAAACAAGCAUGGUUACUGGGCUGAAAGUGCCUCAUAGCAGAAGUGCUAAUUGUGAAGCAGACAACAAUAAACAUAUGCUGGAAUAUAAAGACAUUUUAAAAACUAAUUUAAAAACAACAGAAAUAAAAAUUAAUGUUCAAGAUUCCACAGACACUGAAUUUUAUCCUGUGUUGUCUAUCCCGGACCCUGAAAACUUAGAACAGCCCAUUGAAAAUUUGUGUAGCCUUGAAAACCAACCAGUAGUAUAUGUAAGCGGGUAUUUAGCUGCCAAACUAUUACAGAACAGUUCUUGUUUAAUUUGUGAAGAGUGUUUGAGCGUGAAAACUCCUGUUGACAAUGAUUUGUAUGCAUAUAUAUCUCUUCGCGAAUGGUGGCAUGAUAAAAAAAGUCUCGUUUAUCCAACAAUUCAAUUAUGUACCACCGUAAAUGAAGCUAAACAAUUUUAUCAUGACCAUAUUGCCGACCAGAUAUAUAUGGAAAAUGUUGGAAAAUUCAUUUUCUUAAUGUUGAGUACAAAUUGUAAUUUUAGUUGGUUUAAAUGUCAACAACAUAAUAAAGAAAUUUAUGAUAAGAUGUUUAAAAUAUUAAGUUACCUUUUUCUAAGAAAAAGUUGUAAAAUCAUUAAUGACAGCUUCAUAAAAAGUGAAAACAAUUUUGCUGACAAAAGUAAAAAAGCACAGCAACAAAGCAUUGAAAAGUAAUCUUGAGGCUGAGGUUCGAUCAGCUGAUAAGAAAAUUAAAGAUGUUUAUAAAUAAAAAUCCUAUUUUUUCUUAGAAAAAGUUGUGAAAAUAAAAGUUUACAAAAUUAUCA